GUUUAUCUACCCUAUUAUUCGGGGAAAAACAUUAAUAUAUUUAUAAUUAUCCUUUAAUUACUGGAAACUUCUUAUUUUAAUGUCAAUAAAUUAACAUGUAGAUUCCAAUUUAUGAUGUUUCCCAUUUUAAUUCCCCUUUUGUCUUUUUCCUCUCUUCUUCCUGUUAUACGGUUAUAUUAACUCUAGAACAGGCAUUCCCAUUUCUAUAUUGUUUGACUUUGAUUAUUGUUUCCUCUGUGUCACCGGCUCCCACUGAAACAAGCAAAAUCGAUGGCUGGUUUAGAGAGGUCUGUGACGUCGUUUCGAAGGCAAGGAUCGUCGGGGUUGGUUUGGGAUGACAAGUUUUUAUCCGGAGAGCUGAAGCAACAUAUGAGACAUAAAGAAGCAGAAGAUAAAGAUAACAACAAUGGAGAGUUAAGGGCUUCACAAAGCGUGAUGAUGCAGCGUAGUCGAUCAGAAGGUGGCAGUGGAGGCGGAGGACGAACUUAUGGGAAGGCUAAGCUCCCAUCUCCAACCAGGGACCCUCCGUCUCCCAAAGUCGUCGGAUGCUGUGCCUUUUUCGGUAAACCGGAGGCAUCCCGUAAUAAACCCCGGAAACCCAACAAGCGUAAGUCUUGAUCAUACAUAAUGCUUUGUAUAUGAUUUAAGUAAUAGCAUGUCUGAGUUCAGUUUCUAUUUGGGAUUUCGCUCUCUAUAUAAUAUAUAUUCGAGAAUUUAGAUGUAUAUCAACAACUUGCAGGAUUUUACCACAGCAUGCAGAAACCAAGCACAGAUGUUUGGUUCUUUUACAUUUCUUUCAAUGGAUUGUUUCAUGGGAGAAUUUUUUUU